AUGCCGCGCGACAGACGUUUCAUUCCAAAGAAAACUCGUACAAGUGAGGAGGAGAUGGCAAGGAGGGCCAGAGAAGAGGAAAGGAGAAUUGCUCGCGUGCAAAGCGCAGCGUCUGCUCAUGCAGAUUAUCUCUCGUUGAGAGAUAAACAGGAAUUGGAGGGGGAGAGAGAGGGUCGGGAGAGGGCGAGAGCAAGGGAGGGUCCCGUGGGAGCCCGUCCUGGUCCGAGUACUGGGGUGUUUGGUGGAGUGGAUAGAGAGGGAGAGGGAGAGGAAGUUAGCCGAGCUGCUACUUUCGGAGGGUGUGUGGGUGCCGGUGAGCAUCAGAUGUUCACGGGUCUUGUCGGCCGUACUCGUCGACCCCGAACCAAAGAGGAGUCGGAAACCAACCUGGCGCACCGAAAGGCACGCCGGACGGCGUAUCGCGCUCGUCGCAAAGCACGAGAAGCCAAAGAACGCCGGAUCGCUCGUCGUAUUGCUGCGGCUCCCUUGGUCGAGACCUUCCGCAAUCUGCGGAUUGCGGAGCGUGUCGCCGCCGGUGGCGAUCCGGAAGACGAGGAAGAUGAAGAUGAGAUGGAGGAAUUAUUCUUCCGCCUUCAUGGGGAGGAUGAAGAGGAAAACGACAAUGUCGAUAAGAACGAUGACGAUGACGAUGAUGAGCUUGGUGGAGCUGGCUGGAAAGGAGGAAUGUUUGGGGGAGGUAGUGGUAGUGCCGGUACGCAGAGAGUUGGUCAGCCCAUUCCCUCAGGAAACUAA